CAUUGUACUUCGAGCUUUCCUUUGACUAUCGAAAGUGCGGCAGUUUGUAAAAAGUGUUGUAGAAGCAGCAUCUUUGCCUGCAUUGCCGUUAUUCCUUGAGGUUGAGAGGAAAAUACAACAAUGAGUAGAAUAUAUGUAGGCGGCCUGCCUCCAGAUGCUUCUAGAAGAGAAGUUGAACGAGAAUUCGAAUAUUAUGGACCGCUAAGAGAUGUUUGGGUCGCUCGAAAUCCUCCCGGUUUCGGGUUCAUCGUGUUUGACGACGCUAGAGAUGCAGAGGAUGCAGUUAGAGAGAUGGAUGGAAGACGAGUUUGCGGCUCUAGAGUCAGAGUUGAGAUGGCCCGGGGACCAACUCGUGGUGGCAGAAGCUCCCGGCAGAACCGGGAUAUGCAAUGCUAUGAAUGUGGCAGGAUAGGACAUUCAGCAAGACAAUGCACACGAAAAGGCGAAACUGAUCGCUCCUCAAGAAGGCGCCGCUCACGAUCAAAGUCACGUGACAGAAGAAGGUCAUCAAGUAGAUCUCCAAGAAGGUCUAGAUCCAGGUCUAGAUCAAGAUCAAGGCAAAAGAAAGAUGACAGACGAAGACAUUCAACAUCAAGAUCAAGAUCUCGUGACAGGAAACGAUCAAGAUCAGAAUCGAAGGAAAGAACAAGAAAAAGAAGUAGAAGUGCAUCUGGUGGAAAGUCAAGAUCGCGCUCAAGAUCAAUGUCUCCAAAGCGGAAUCAUGAAGAUGAGGACCAACAGGACACACAAAAUCAUGAAGAUGGUGUUGGAGACAAGAUUGAUGAUGAUUAUGAGAAUGGAAGCUAAAUCAUGAAAUCAUAUUGGACACAUAUAAACAAGCAAACUUACCAUUUAAAGGAUUAUUUAUGAUAAAUGAUAACUUGUGCACAAUUACAGGACGAAAGACUGUUUGAUACGAAAAGUUACUUAGAAAAUUGAUGCCUUAAUUCAUUUAUUAGACUAUCAUUAGUAUCUUCCCUUGUCCAAGCUUGACUAUUUAUGGCAUUUUUACCAAUGGAACACAUCUGUUCCCAAUUAGAGUGAAACAGUGUGUGGAAAAUGUCAUUUGAAUUUAAGAAUUGGACCUCCUUGUGAUAAUUUACUGUUUUAUUUACCUAUCAAUUAUAAAGAAUGAUUUUUACCCAAGGUUUCUGCCCCAUUUAAGUUAAAGACGUGUAAGAUAUUAUUGUUUUAGAAAGUAAAGUAACCACAUGAUUGUAAGGAUUGCAAAGUUAAGGGCUUUUAUCCUCUGCUUGUUGCAUUUUAAGCAAAUUCAUGUUAGCAUUUACUGAUAUAUCUAGUUGUCUUACUUUGGCAGUAGCUAAUUUAUCAUUUUAAUAUUUUAGUACUUGUAAACAAGA